AUGGCGCCCUCCUCUGUAUCAAGUUGGCUCGCCGAGCUGCAGCAACAGAGUGUAGCAGGAGAUUCGGCUCAAGGCCCUUGCUGGGCACCACCUGCCGACAUUGGUGGUUCUGCAUCUCCUUGGUACACGACAGGGAAUAUUGAUGACUCCAAUCCUCAAGCAUGGUAUGCGAUCUCAAUAGCUUAUGCAUUUACUGUUAGUGCUUGGUUGAAUAAUUCAAAUGAUCCAAUCCAAUCAAAUUACAAGAAGAACGACCAAUAUUGGAAAGAUGUUGCUGCUGUUUACAACAGUACCACCCCAAAAGACAGGGCAAGGCUAGUCAAGCAAGUGAAGGAUCGCUUUGCGAGAAUUAAGAAAAGGGUUGCAUGGUUUUGUGCGAGCUGGAAGGAGGCUAAUGCUUUGUAUGCCAGUGGUGAAUCUGAUGUGGAUUUAAAGGAGAGGGCAAUGAGAACUUAUGAGGCAGACCAUAAAGAAGAUGGUCCAUUUAUGUUUGAGCAUUGUUGGGAGUUUCUCAAAAAGGAACCAAAAUGGGAUUCCUAUUUGGAACGCCUAGAAGAUCUAGAGCCGGACAAGAGGAAGUUUAGUGUUGAUGAUGAAGUGGGGCAGCAUUUCACUCUAGAUGAUGCUCGUGAUGAACGGCCACUAGGUGGUAAGCAAGCUAAGGAGCAGCGAAAACGCAAAAUAAAGGAUCAGGAUUGUAUUGUAGAUCUUGAAGUUGAGCUUACCAAGUUUGUAGAUGCUCAGAAUGCAGCAAAUGAAGGCCGCAAAGAGAUGCUAGAAACACAAAGGCGUGUGUCUAGUGAGAAUCUUGAAGCUCGGAAGCUUGCGUGCCUUGCAGCAAAAGAUCACAAGGAGUCAGUCAUGCUAGAAACGUACCGAUCGUUGAUGAUGCAAGACACAAGUGGAUGCCCGAAGAUCCUACCAGUCCAGACUCUUCCUUCUUCUACCUCUCAUCUUCCUAUUCAGCCUACCAGCCCAGCUUCCUCUCCCACCAUAUCGGAUUCUGAUGAGCUAGCCCCAUUAAAAAUUAUGGAAGUCUAUGGUACUGAGCAGAUGCGUCUGGUGGAGGACUACUUCGCUGCACAACCACUCUACCCCGAGAGUAUGUUCCGUACAAGAUUCCAUAUGAAUAGAGACCUCUUCCUACGCAUCGUGAAUGCCCUUGGUCAGUGGUCUCCCUAUUUCACUUAUAGGGCCGAUUGUUGUGGUCGAAUAGGGCUCUCACCAUUGCAAAAGUGUACGGCAGCCAUGCGCAUGCUAGCAUUUGGGACCCCUGCAGAUGCCCUUGAUGAGUACUUGAAGAUUGGGAAGAGCACUGCAUUGCAGUGUUUGGACAAGUUUGCACAAGGGGUGAUUCGGGUGUUCGGUGGGGAGUACUUGCGACGCCCCACACGAGAGGAUGUUGAGCGUAUACUUCAUGUUAACGAGUCUCGUGUUUUCCCUGGAAUGAUAGGAAGUAUCGAUCGCAUGCAUUGGCGAUGGGAGUUGUGUCCUUUAGCAUGGAGGGGGCAAUUCACCCGUGGUGAUUAUGGAGUACCAACAAUGGUCCUCGAAGCCGUUGCUUCCCAGGACCUUCAUCUUUGGCAUGCUUUUUUUGGAAUUGCUAGGUCGAACAAUGAUCUGAAUGUGCUCAACCAAUCCCCUCUGUUUUUUGAUGCAUUGAAAGGAGAAGCCCCUCAAGUUCAGUUUUCUGUCAAUGGAAAUGAGUAUACCACAUGUUACUACCUUGCCGAUGGUAUAUAUCCUGAAUGGGCUGCCUUUAUGAAGACCAUACCACUUCCCCAAACAGAGAAGCACAAGUUGUUUGCCAAGCACCAAGAAGGGGCAAGGAAAGACGUUGAGCAUGCUUUCGGGGUAUUGCAGUCCCGUUUUACCAUUGUCCGCCGUCCUGCACGUCUAUGGAAGAGAAAGAGUGUUGGAAGGAUCAUGCUAGCUUGUGUGAUUCUCCACAAUAUGAUUGUCGAAGAUGAGAAAGAGCAGGUCAAAAUUCAUAUUGAUUUGAAUGAAAAUCCCGAGGCUUCAUUUGCUCUACCUCCUGAAGUGAAUGUUGGCGGAAAUCUGUGUUUCGCUGAUGUGUUGCGUAGAUAA